UCACGACUAUACUAUAGUGAGAAUUGAUGAGCUCACCUGAACCUUCCAAAAGUAUGGGUCAAAUAUUGCCAGGCGUCCAACGAGCUAAAUAAAGUGAUGAUCGGCGCGACAAUUCCUUGAUGUUAGGAAUGAGAGCCCUUCUGAUACUCCAGCUUCGAGAAAUAGCCGCUCGGAGUUGCGUUUCAAAGGGCGUGAGCCCAGGACGGGGGCCUCGAAAACGAUGCCAACUAUGGCUUCAGUGUGUCUGCAAGGGAGCGUGGCACGCGAACGUCGCCCUUUUCAGUCCCACGAGGCCGGAGCGUGAUGAUCUGAGUUCAAUAUCCGAGCACGAUGCAAUAAGUCUAUACCGCCGACAGUAGGCCGGUUUGUCUCUGAUCUCGCUGCAGCAUUAGCAAACAAACCCUAACGGACAACUUCUGCACUUUUUUCACAUCAUAAGUCCUAAGGC